CCCUCCCAGAGAUUCCUCUCUCCCCUCCUCUCCUCUCCUCUCCUCUCCUCUCACUCACCAAAACCCUCCUUCCUCUCUCUCUCUCUCUCUCUCUCUCUCUCUCUCUCUCUCUGCUAUUUGGCUGAUGAGAUGAGCAGAGCAUAGAAGCUUUACAAAAAUGGCUUCUUUCUCUCUCAGCUCUCAUCCUCCCCCUUCCUCCAAAGCCCUAAUUCCCUCCUCCACCUCAGCCCAUGGAAUCCCUAGACCUCUCUCUCUGUCCAAAUUCAUCUCCCCGCGUCCCCAAAUUUCCUGUUCUGCUUCCAAGGAAUCCUCCCCCGCCGAUAACACGCCAAGUUUUCUCAGCACUUUUUGUAUCAUAGAAGGGCCGGAGACGGUGCAGGACUUUGUGCAGAUGCAACUGCAGGAAAUUCAGGACAACAUAAGAAGCCGGCGCAACAAGAUUUUUCUUCUCAUGGAAGAGCUAAGGAGAUUGCGGGUGCAGCACCGGAUAAGGAUGGCGAAGGAUAUGGAUGCGGCUUGUGAGGAAGAGUCAAAUGAGAUGCCUGACAUUCCAUCCACUAUCCCUUUUCUCCCUCAUAUUACACCAAAGACGUUGAAGCAGGUCUACCUUACAAGUUUAUCAGUGAUAUCUACUGUCAUUGUAUUUGGAGGUCUCAUUGCACCAUCGCUGGAACUAAAAUUAGGCAUAGGAGGUACCUCGUAUGAAGAUUUCAUUCGCAGCAUGCAUCUGCCUUUACAAUUAAGUCAGGUUGAUCCUAUUGUGGCAUCCUUCUCCGGUGGGGCAGUGGGUGUCAUUUCAGCAUUGAUGUUGAUUGAAGCUAACAAUGUUGAGCAACAAGAGAAGAAAAGGUGCAAAUAUUGCCGUGGAACUGGGUACUUGGCCUGUGCUAGAUGUUCUGCAAGUGGUGUGUGCUUGAACAUCAAUCCUAUAUCAGCAUCUAGUGCAACGGACCGCCCUUUGCGAGUGCCCACAACUGAGGUGCCCAAAUUGCUCUGGUGCUGGAAAGGUGGCUCAUGAAUCAUUUGCUUGAACUCGGGUUCUCGAAAUCAUCGUCACAAUGGAUAGGCAGCAACCUCAAGAAACACGGAGAUCAUUUGACAUGGGCGUUCAAUCUUGACGUUGCUGUCCAGAUGUUCAAUUCUUUCCAGUGUAUACCUGAUUACUUUCGAGACUAAUUUGAAGUAGAAAACAAUGAAAAUCUGUUUCCUUCCCUCUUACCUCUUUAUCUUCUAUGAAUGUAAAACAUUGCAGGGAAAAUUGUUAUUGGCCUCUGUUGGAGCACCCCCCGCAAGAUAUGGAGAUAGCUGUUGUGCGCGCUGAGGACAGUAAUCGUUGGGACCAAGAUGCGAUUCAACAACUCGAAAACCUUGCCACUCGCGAAGCAGAUGGAUCGGAGGGGAAGGUUUCAGCUCAUGUUCUUCCCAAGUCCGGCCAUUGGGUUCACGUCGACAAUCCAAAAGGUCUCCUUGAGAUUGUGGCACCUAAGCUUUCAUCCCUUCGGCCUUAAACCGUAUCGGGUUUAAUUUAUCUGCCACAGAAGAUAUGUUGUGCAGAUAUCAUUGGUAAUUCUUAGUGUUUCAAUUGUUCACUUGUAAUAAAUCAUUUGUGUCUCAUUUGGGCUUCUCUGUUCUGGUUUUUGGAUAUCAUCUGGACCUACAUUAUAAAAUUGUAUCAGUUGUUGGUUGAAGAUGGCAAAUUGGCAAUGCUAUUGAUCCAUUUUUCA